UGAUCGAAGGAGGAGCUCAGGAAAUCAAACUUUGGAUGGUCUUUGUCCUUCUGUUCAAAAAUGCUUUUGAUAUUGUCCCAGGAACAGAAAGAUCACCUCAAAUUCCUCACAACUCUUGAACCRGAUGUAGUUUUUGAGUUUGUGAGAAUUUCUUUGGAUUUUAUAUUGAAAUGCCCACCGAAUCCCAAGAUAUUCCAAGCUGCAGCACAAAGAUUAGGAGCUGAAGUCGAGACAGUGAAAAAUGGCAUUAAUGGAUUAAUGAAUCUUUUUACAGAAUGYUCAAGACUUUUGAUAGGAGAAAUAGACUUCCAAGACUCAGUAAUGACGCUUGGAUUUUCUGAAGAAGUCAACAAAUCCUUGCUUCAAGUUUAUCUCCAAAAUAGAAACGAAAUUCGUAACAUUUUGUCCGAGAUGGCUGUGACAGUACCACAUUAUCACAAUCUUGAGUGGCGAUUUGACAKUGAGUUAGCAAGCAGAUCUUUGCAUCAUCAAACAAACCCAGUAGUUUUAAUGAARCUGCACACCAAGGAGGGCGACAACAAGUCGUCUGAAGUUCUUCAAGUUGAUCCUGUUAAUUUGGUUCACAUGACUGCAGCUCUGGAGAGUGCAUUGCAAGAAAUGAAGACGGCACAUUGUCGAAGAAUCGUUAGGAAUAUCAAAUAAGCAAUAGAAUUCAUGGACUUGUAACUUUUUCUGGGUGUAAAUUAGUAAGAGUUUAGCACUGAAUUUUAAAAGUACAUUUCAGGACAAAUUGACUUUGGUUUGUUGCAGGAAAUCAGAGAAUCAUGGGAAAGGGAAAGUCACCAUGUUCUGGGAUCAAAUUCCAACUUGCAGUGGUAGAGUGGGAUAGCAUAUAUCUCAAUAAAAAAUUACCUUUCUAUUCA